GAAGUUUAAUAAAUAACCCCUAUAAUAUGUUUUUUAAAAGACAGUUUUUAGGUGAUGCUUCCCUUUAGUUCAGUAAUAAUUAUGGUUGUUUUUAUUUCCUGGCCAAAGACUGAACUGGUUCUUAAGAGCAGCAGGGGUGAGACUGAAAUGAAUCACAGACGAGCCUUCUGUAUAAUGAGCUUCUCUAUGUGCACUGACACUGCUGGGGGGAGGGACAUGUUUGUUUAUACAGAACUCAUUAUUCUUCUGAUUAACAGUGGGGGAGGGGCAAAAGUUAACACUAAACUGGCACACAAAAGCCAUAGCAUAAUGCUGGGGAUUAUAUAAAGUGCUUUAAAUCUGCCCACCAAUAAUAUGGCAGUGACACCCUGAGGAAGAGAAAGUGUCUGUAUCUUAUUGGUCUGGUAAGAUGGGUGGAGCCCAAACACAGGUUAGAGGCGGGGCUAAAGCAAGCCAGCACUUCCACACACACAGCCCAGGAAGUGCUGAGAUCUGAGAAUACGGAAUACGACCGACUGGGAAUUGUCCGCUGCUGCUGCCUGUAACUCCCUGCAACUCCCUGACAUUCCCAUCCCCUGUACUCACAUCUCCAGCCUCAUCUACUGGGUUCUCCAGAGAUGGAAACAAGGAGGUUAGAGGGGAAAUGGGAGAAUGAAGAGCCGGACACUGAGGAUCCUCUGACAACAGAAAUGGAUUUUGUUCCCCGGGCUGCUUCUCCAGAGGCAGAACCAGAAUUAUUCUAUUUACGGAUUGAAAAAGUAUUGCUGGUUUGUGAAGAUUAUCUGGAAAGUUCCGCUUUUUCACUCACUGAUGGGGAAAUUUGCUGGAAUGAUGAAAGGAAUGCACAGAUAGCAGAAUACCAAGAUUCAUCUGAAGAUCUGGAUAUGGUCAGGAAACACUUACAGGGUGCUGGAAAUUUCACUGGGCCUGUGUAUGAAAGUACAGAGACCUACUCCCAAUAUCAGUCCAACGCUGAGUAUGAACACUGCUCUGCAAGCUCCAACCCAUCUGGGUUCCUCUGUUCUAAGUGCGGAGUGAGAUUCUCUGUGAGCAGAGACCUUCUGACUCAUCUGUGUGGCUGGAGUGGGAUGAACAAUACCAGCAGAUAUAAUGAUUUGUAUGAGGAGGCAAAACCUUUUAGCAGCACGUUGAAUGACAUGCACAUCGGUGUGUCAAUGGACCAGCAGCCUUGCAUUGUCGAGAAAAGCUUUAUCUGUACAGAAUGCGGGAAAAAUUUCUCUCCAAAAGUCCACCCUCAAAGUCACCAGAGACUCCAUGCAGAGGAGAAACCAUUCGCCUGCACUGAAUGCGGGGAAAGUUUUUCUUUUGAGAUUGCUCUUUCGAGACAUCAGAUGAUCCACACGGGAAUAAAACCAUUGCAGUUUACCAAGUGUGGUGAAUGCUUAUCUCUGAAUUAUCACUUGACUGACAUCGAGGAGAAGCCAUUCACAUGCACAGAAUGUGGGCUACUAUUCUUUGAAAAGAACGAUCUUGCCAGCCACUACAAAACUCAUUUACGGUCCAACUAUGUGAAAAGAAUGCACCAAAGGGGCCAUUUUUAUAGUCCACAUAGGAUCUGCGCAGGGGAGAAUGCUUUCAUAUGUACUGAAUGUGGCAAAGAUUUCUCUCGGAAGUGGCACCUUCAGCGCCACCAGAAAAUUCACACGGGAGAAAAACCUUUUACAUGUAAUGAAUGUGGGAAACAAUACACACGGAAGAGCCAUCUCAACCGCCAUGAAAAAAUUCACACCGGGGAGAAGCCUUUCUCUUGUACUGUAUGUGAGGAAACGUUCUCUCAGAAGAGCAACCUGCGCAGUCACUAUAGAGUUCACACUGGGGCAAAAUGUGCUAAAAGGUUCCCUGAGAAGAGUAUUCUGGGCAGCGAGCUGGCAAUCCACAUCGUGAAAAAACCUUUCUUGUGCACAGAGUGCGGGAAAUAUUUCACGCGGAAAUGGCACCUUCAGCGGCACCAGAAAAUCCACACUGGGGAGAAACCUUUCACUUGUACAGAAUGUGGGAAAGGCUUCUCUCGUAAGACCCACCUGCACUGCCACUAUAAGAUGCACACAGAAACAAUGUGGGAACAAGUCUUCUGAGCUGCUGAAACACAGGGAAGGAAAAAACUUGUCUCAUGCACUUCAUAAUCACUGUUUAUGUCCAGUUUUACACUCAUCAGAACUAUUACACUGCAGAGAAACUCAUCAUUGGUACAGAACCCUGGAGAAACUGUUUAAUAUGGAGAUCUGACCACAUUUUUUACUUUAUGUCAUGAGCUCCUGGGUAACAGCAAUCCCUAAUUUCAUGAGUCCCAACCAAUAGCACCUUAUAACUGAAUGGGAGAGGUAAAAGGCAAGUUCUUCUUCUGGUAUGAGAUUGAGCUCAAUGAUCAUAGUGCCAAGGACUUACUAGAGCCAUUGCAGUGGCUGUUGAGGAGGUUGUUCAUUACUACUAACUGGCAAAGCCCAACAUUGUCAACAGCUGUUGGUUUUGUUGAGCUUGUGUCUGGCAUUGCUUAGGAAGGCAGCCUUGUCUCCUUACUUCAUUUACUCAUUCUUGCGGUUCCUCCCAGCUUGAACUGCAUCUAUCCUACCUUUGUUGAAACUCUACUGCAUCAUGAUCUCAGCUAAUAGCUUUUUUGACCAUUUUUUGUCAGCUCAUUUCCGUUUGGAUUUGUAAGGUUCCACCAAAUGGGUGAUGUCACAACGGCCGUGCUAGGCACAAGCAUAUGGUUUUGAUUGCCACUUGUAGGUCUUCAUUUCUAAGUUCAUGAGGGUGCUCUACUUUUGCAGAUUAUCCUUUUUUUUUUUUACUUUUUGCCUGUUCCAGACCAUCUUGAUUGCUGCCAGCCCAGAUUAUUGUCUGAGUCUUGACUAUAUCCCCUUGGAUACCUGCCAUUGGUCUGCUGUUAGUUCCUGCCUGUCCUCCAGAGUCAGCUUAUUCCUAAGUCCAGGCCUCCAAGUCUAAGGCCACAUGGCACUCACAAGAUGAUGUGAUCUGUUCCUUCUUUGCUCUCUCAAGAGGGAUGUAACGUAACAAUUCAUGGGUAGCUCCCACCAAGUGAGUUUAUCAUUAUUACAGAGAGAGCAGGUUAGGUGCAAUAACAAGACCAGCUCAAGUCAUAGCAGUUACUGUAGACUUAUCACCUGAGUCAACCUGUUGCUAUUCUAUUACACCCAACAUUUUUAUCCAGAUGUGAUUUUGUGUUUUGAAUUGGUAAUAGAAUGUAAAUGUCUAUAGUUCCCAUUACACAAGUGCACAAUAUAAAAGCAGAAGCUCAUGGAUGGGAUGUCCAUUUAGGAGCUACAAAAUGUCAGUAGGUGCCCAUUGAUGUCACCUGGCAAAGAGUCUGCUGUUUUUAUUCUCUGAGCUACAAAAGAACCAAGACUUUUAACAAAUCUACCAGAUAAAGUAGGAACAGGCAUCUACUCUUUUUUUUUUCUGGUUUUUAACUUAAAUUCUUCCAGGCGUUCCACAUGCAGUAUUUGAAUUUCCAAGACAAUUGCAAUUGCCAAGUCAAUUAAAAAUGCUGUAUGCCAGCUGGCAUAAAUGUUUAGAAAACACAAGCAUACAACUUGCGCUUCAUUAUAACUGUCACAUCAUUUGCAUCAAUUCCAUUAUAGGAAUCAUGUAGGGCAUGACUGUUGGAUUACUCCCUUUCCAACUGCGCAAAAUUAACAGAAAAUGUACGAGUUCAGUCCAAAGGGGAACAUUUUCCUACUCUCUCUGUCUUCUUGGGUGAAUGAGAAAACACAAUUUCUUCCCACUGGGAUAAGAGGUUUUCUGUUAAAGUGAACGUUUACGUGGUCAAAUAGUUUAUAGAACGUAGUGUGUACAGUGCAGAAAGGGGAAAUAGGCUUAUACUUACUGUCAUUUUUUUUUCUUUCCUUGUACCUGUUUCUACCAACAUGCACUAGGGUAGCCCCAUCCAUUGAAAGACACCUCCUGCCAUGUAAUAUCAUACAGUGGAACUCAGUGUCAUAUAAAAAGCUUGCACCAGAUUUAUAUGCCAAGGAGGGAAUAUUCUGACAUGGAAGGUACCAGGGAAAGAAGAUCAUAGUACAUAUGAGACUUUGUUUCUUGGCCCUCUCAGCACAUGCAAGGAUAUUGCAAGCUCCUAAAGAUAGGGUGGGACAAAAACACACC